CCACCACCUUCCUUCUUUCCUUCCUUCUUUCCUUCCUUCUUCUCUCAUCAUUCUGUUUUCGCCUCGAAAAAUGGCCAACGAAAACCAAGACCUUUUCUUACUUCUCCCGGAAGCCCUUCUCAUUACCAUCCUAUCACUUCUUCCGAUCAAAGAUGCUGUCCGUACAAGCGUCUUGGCUAAGUAUUGGCGAGACUUAUGGUGUUCACGGCCUAACAUCGAAUUAAACGCAAACCAUUUCUCCGCCACCCAUCUCCUUGAUGAAAACCAGCAACACCAAUUAGACAUGAACGAGUAUGUAAUGCUCGAAAACAAGAUAUGUCGACAGAAUAGUUGCCUAGAGUUUGGUAAUUGGUGGCUUUCAAAGGAUACAAUUCCUCCCCAUAUAUCAUCUUUCACCCUUGCUUUAUCUGACCCUCAAUACUGCCUUGGUAACAUUCAGAGUCUCGUAUAUGUAGCCCUUUUUCGUCGUCACACAAAGUCUUUAGAACUUGAUUUCUCUAGUUUGGAAUGGGAAGAUCAACUUCCUCGAAAUGCUUUAACAACUCCUACUCCAAUGUUUGAUCUUCCUCAAUUCGUUUACCAAUAUCCAUUACUAGAGUCCUUAAAAUUGGUUACAUGCCGAUUUAUGGGAGAUAUGUUUACGAUACUUGGUACUUCCUUAAGGUGUGUCUCUUUGGGGUGGAUAGAGAUAACAAAUGCGUCCAAACUUAGUGAGUUGGUGAAAUCUUGUCCUUUGCUUGAGAGUUUGACUUUGUUUAAGUGCUUUCAAUCAACUUAUUAUGUGAUUGAAUCCUUGAGUUUAAAGACGUUGGUCAUCGAUAAAUGUGUCGAUUUGUUAAGCAUAAGUAUUGAUACCCCUAACCUUACAUAUUUCAACUACUGUGGCGAAGUUGUGCAAUUUGGUGUUUGUAACUUCCCGAAUAUGAAGACGGCUAACAUAGAUUUCGGCCUCGUUGAAAUGAUGGAUGAGGUUGAUGGUGAAAAGAUCGCUCAUCUUCUUCAUCGUCUCUACUUUGCAACAUCUUUAACCGUUUGUGGUUUUGUUACUCAGGCUCUUACUCUUGCUGAUGAAGAAUUCGGGCUGCUUCACGGACAAUAUCAUGCCAGAAGCCUUACAAUAAAAACUGCAUUCCAUGUAUCCGAAUUUCAUGGUAUACUUAGCCUGUUAAAUGCAUUUGGUAAGUUGGAGAAAGUCCGGUUCGAGUUUGGAAAUCAAAUUAUAUUUGAGGAAGACAUGGAGUUUCUUGGGUAUUCUUCGCCUCCUACAACAUUCUGGUCGAAAGUGCUGCCGUCGAAAACCGGGUGUGUGAUAAAGAAGUUGAAAACCAUUGAGAUAGUAGGUUAUCGAGGGACUUUGAAUGAAACUAACUUGAUAAGUUUUAUACUUUGCUAUGGACAUGCCUUUCAAACACUCAUCUUAAGGGUGGCGGCAAAUGAUCAACAGGCUAAAUAUCAUGCUAUGUGUAUGAAAAAGGCUAUUUUAGAUUACCGUAAGGGUUUCAACGUUGAAGUUAUCUCUUAUUAGUAUGCUCGCAAUUCAUCUAUGAAGGUUUCAACGUUUCAACCUUGUUCGUUCUACUUCUCGAUGGACAAAUAUAAA